GCGGCGGGACUUGCGCACGCCUGGGAGGAGACCUUGGCGUCGCGUCGCCAAGGUAACCCUGGCCCGGGAAGCAGGCGAUGGCCGCCGGGACAGGAGGGAGCUGGGGUCAUCCCCCUCCGCAGAGUGCGGCCCCGACGCCCUGGGUGACUGUCCUGCAGCCCCUCCAGUGGGCCGUCCCACAGACACCCCCCCACCCAAGCCGCGUGAAGGAAGACCUGCUGGAGCUGAUGAUGCUGCAGAACGCGCAGGUGCACCAGCUGCUCCUGAGUCGCAUGGUGGCAGCAUCGCUGAACCCCUGGCCCGCCUUUUCUGGCCCACAGGUCCAUGUGGAGGGUCCCAAGGAGGAGAGUGAAGAGGAGGAGGAGCUGGAAGCCCAGGAGGAAGGGCCUUUGGUGUUCCACCACCAUUACCUGCCCUGCCUGAUGCCCGCUCUGGGCCCCUUGCCGCCCUGGCCAGUGCCUUUCGUCCCCCCUCCCUCACAUCGGCCCCACUUUCAGGAUGCAUCCAGGAUUCUGCAGCGCCCUCCUGCCUCCGGGAAAAGGGGGGCGAGAGCCGUGCCCCCACCGCCACCCCCCAGUGCCACAGGGACUGUGGGUGCAGAUGUACCCCCGGCUUCAGAUUACUACGAUGCUGAGAGCCUACUGUGA